CCCCCUGGAUUCACGCGCACACGCCCUGCACAGACGUACCCCCGCGCGCGCUUUAGCAUACAGUUACUAUAUUCUAGAUGCUGUAGAAGACUAUACGUUCCGGUGCGCGUGCACAAUCAUUUCGAACAAGUCGCUCUAAACUUACAAGAAACUCCCAGCAGGACAUCUGAAGAAAAUCUCGCAUCGACAAGUGUUCAAUAAAUCAAUAAAUAAGUAUAAUAAAUCAAUCAAUCAAUAAAGGAGUCGGGUGCGUGACGCGUGCGUGACUCGUGCGUCAAACGCGUGAGAGUAUUCGCGAGCAUCCAUAUCCGCAUUCCUGCUGUUAUAUUUACAGAACAUUUACAGACUUUCCUCGGAUCCUCUAAUUAAUUCCCACUUUCUAAUUUCGCCAGAGAUAUUACUGGUGCCAGGUACAAUUAAUAUUUGAGAGAGGAGGAGGAGGGAAAAAUGGAUAAAAGCGCAAUUACAAGUGCACGAGAUUUAACUCACAUUUCACUCCUCCCUCUCUCUCUCUCUCUCUCUCUCUCUCUCCCAGGGUUUUUUAUCUUCAGGAAGAAAUUGCAUAUUAAAGUUACAGUCUGCUUUUUUUUUUUUUUUUUUUUUGAGCGCCCCUUUUUUGCUUCUGACGUCAGAGUCCGCUGGCGUUUAAAACAAACCCGCAGCAAGGUUGACGUGUUUUAUGCUACUGUUUAUUAUUAUUGUUAUUGUUAUUAUUAUUAUUAUUAGUAGUAGUAGUAGUAGUAGUAGUAGUAACAGUAGUAGUAGGCGAAUAUUAUUAUAACAACUUAGAUACAUCUAAAUUAAUGUAAUGUAGCUCUGGCACGCGCUCAUUAAUAAUGGUGGAAUGGAAUUAGUGCUAAUUAUGACUUGAUUAGCAUGGUGCAUGUUUUUUAGUUGUUGCAAAAAAAAAUUCUGCGUGGGAAAAAAAACCAAACCCUAACACACAAAGAAGAAGAAGAAGAAGAAGAAGAAGAAGAGGAAGCCAAUGCAACAUGCUAUCGCUCUUCUUCCUCCUCUUCUUAUUCUUCCUCUUCUUCUUAUUCGCCCUAUAAGCGUCCAGAGGUCCACUAGUGCAUGCAUGCUGGUGCAGAGCUGCACCGCUCUCCACUCAUUCCUGCAGCCAGGGGAUCAUCUGCGAUGUCCUACCCACAGCUCGGAUAUCCCUACUCCUCUGCUCCACAGUUCCUCAUGCCCACCAACUCUCUGACGUCGUGCUGCGAGUCGCGUGCGCGCUCCGUGUCCGAGUCUGGCUCGUGCGCCCCGGCCCCGCCGCCCCCUCCUCCUCCUCCUCCCCCGCCCCAGGCUCCGGUUUACUGCCCCGUGUACGAGAGCAGGCUGCUGGCCACCGCGCGCCACGAGCUCGGCGUCUACAGCAACCCGUACGCCAGCGGACAGGGCUACGGGAAUUACGUCACGUACGGCACCGAGGCCUCUGCGUUUUACUCUCUGGGUGCCUUCGACGCGAAAGACAGCGCGGCUUCUGCGAGCAUCACCCAGGCUGCUGCUGCUGCUGCUUACUACCCCUACGAUCCCACUCUGGGGCAGUACCAAUACGACAGAUAUGGCUCGAUGGACGGAGGCACGCGGAGGAAGAACGCCACACGCGAGACCACCAGCACGCUGAAGGCCUGGCUGCAGGAGCACCGCAAGAACCCGUACCCCACCAAGGGCGAGAAGAUCAUGCUGGCCAUCAUCACCAAGAUGACGCUCACGCAGGUGUCCACGUGGUUCGCCAACGCCAGGCGGAGACUCAAGAAGGAGAACAAGAUGACGUGGGCGCCGAGGAACAAGGGCUCGGACGAGAAGAGAUGCGGCGUCGGAGACGACGACGACGACGACGGCUCGCAGGAGGAGCCGAUCAAAAGCGACGCCAACGACGACGAGAGCCGAAGUCGAGACGAUAAGGACCUCCAGCUGAGCGACCUGGACGACUUCGACGCCAUCGAGUCGGAGAGCUCCGAGUGCGACAUGAAGCAUCAGUUCCAUGUCAACGCGCACAUGAACACGCUACCUGAGCACCUCAAAGAGACUUCCCUAAAGCUACCCCCGCUUGAAGGGGACGCUUUAAAGUUACCGUCAAUUCGAACCUCGUUGGAAAGAGACACCGAUUUGCCCAAAAGCUGCCUGAAAACUCCGAGCCGAAACUGCGAGCACAAUCCCAACGGGAAUACCAAAAUCUGUUUCCAGCAAGACCACCAAACUCUCGAUAGCAAGCCUCGGAUUUGGUCGUUGGCCCAAACCGCCACCUCGCUAAAUCCGACCGAGUAUUCGUCAUGCAUGCUUCGAUGUCAGCCAGCGAUCGCCGGGUCAUCCUCGCCGCCCGUUAAAGUCCCGGAGAAGCAGCAGGACUCGCCGGUCACCACGUUGAGGCACUGGAUGGACGGCGUUUUCCACGAUCCCUUAUUCAAACACAGCACUUUGGACCAAGCGCACAACAGCAACAUGGCCGUUUCCUGGAGCACAACCAAAGGCUCGAUCCUGGACAGCGGCGCCCAACGCGAUUAAAACCGCUCACGUGACUCCGACCAAAAACAAAACAAAACACGUGAACAAAAAUCCACAUGGUUUGUAUAGAAAUCUCUGUGGAAUACGCUGCUGGGACAGUCUCACGAGACCGUGAUUGGACGAAAGACGUCGGACAUUUUUAAGGCCUAUAUUUGCUCUGUCGUGUCGGACGUUUUUUUUUGUUUGUUUGUUUGUUUGUUUGUUUUUUUUAAACGAUUUGCUUGAUUGAUUAUGUGGAAUCGUAUGUAUUAACUGUUCUGACACUUCGAUUCAAAUUUCCCAAGAUGGGAUUUGUUUACUAUAUUUAUUAUAUUAUAUUAUAUAUAUAUUAGGCAUGUGCCAAGAUUUUAAACAACUUUUGCGUCACGAUAACGAUUGAAACGUUUGCGAUAUUGUCACGCUAGCUAAUAAAACUAGCUACACUUCAGCUACAGUGUUUCAGAUCAUUUUCUACUUUUGACAUAGCAUAUGUUUUUGCGUUCGAACGAACGGUAUUAAAAACGAUUGAACAUAUUAAAAACCAUCACGCGUACGAACUUUGAAAAAAGAUUUACGCAAAUACGCUACCUAUACACGAGCUAAUUCCGAAAACAUGAUCCAAAUGAUGGAUUAUUGGCACAUGUCUUAUAUAUACGUAGUACAUAAACACAUAUAUAAACAGAUCAGUUUUGGGAAGUAAUAUAUAAAUAUAUAUAUAUGUUCAACGCACGUUGCAAUUAUGUAAAUAUACGACAAAAUGUUUACAUUUUGGGGGGGGGAAAAAAAAGACGUUUACAGUUUGCAUUUGUUUUGGGGUUUUUUUUUCUUCCGCAUGCAUACAUUUGUUUGGUCGUCUUUAUUGGAAUAUUCUUUGAAAAGCUCAUUAAUGAUGUCAC